AUGACUUCUGUUUUCUUCAUGCAGGCUUCCGUGGAAUCCUCUUUCGCAUCCACUCGUGAAGGAACGUUCACUUACACUUCAAAUUCACGGGCUUUAUUAAAUGUUCGGAAUUUGGUUGCCACGCUACCCACUUUUCUCACUGAUUCUCUUCUCGCUUCCGGUGCAGAUGCUAGUGUGAGACUGUUUGCCCAUGAUUGGAUCGGAGUUGUGACAGAUGGAAAUCUGUUCCUUUGGCGCCACACGGAAUCAAAGGACACCAAGGUUGUCACAUCAUCGGCCUGCCACCAGUUUGAGUUGCCAUUGAUGGCAGACACAUCGUCGGCAGCAAUGUCAGUGUCGAUCUCCUGCUUUGAAGGCGAUGGUCGGCCCCGCCUCUGUGCGGCCGCGGUGGCUGGUGUCCUUCGUAUCUGGCCACGUGGCGUUUUUGGGGUCGUGGGGCGGUCACAGGUUGUACACGACUUCCUCGACACUCGGCUAAAUGUACUGAAGGCCGGUGAAGUGUGUGUAACGAUGGAAGAGGGCCCCUAUUCGGCCACGUUCCUCCUGGCCACCAAUCUUGGUCGUAUUUUUGGUGUGGAUGCAAGGACCCCAGAGGAUCGUGUUUUCAUCUUCCUUAUUACCGACGGCAGCAACACUGUUGACACUUUUCCGAGCUCAAUUCAAAUCGGUCCAGAAGAGAGCAACACUAGCCUUCUCUCAGGACUGAGUCGUCGGGUCUCCUCCAUCUGGUCUUACGCUACAAGCAAGGUCCCUGGUUUCACCAUUACCGGUGCUGGUGCCGCCCCAGCAACCUCCCCCACUGGAAAGGUCCUCCGCUUUCUUGUGGCCGCUGAAUCACAGAAUUCCUGUCACAUGAUCCUUCUUACGCAGGCUCGUCUCGCGGUUUGGCUCGUUGAUGCCGACUUCGAGCAUUCGCUUCUCUUUAGUCUAGAACUCAACAACGCGAGAUACGGUGAGGCUGUGGAUAUGACCUUCUCAUCUCUCUCCUCUCCUGUGUUGUGGCUCCUUCACAAAUCUCCCUCUGAAAGGGGGACACUCUGUCUCCUCUCGAUGGAUGUUAAAGAUGAGAUGAAGGGCAAGAAACUGCCCCCAUCAACUUCAUUCUCUGUGGAGGCUGGAUCUUCCGACUUCCAGUUGAUUGCUUCGCUCCCUGGCGUGCAUGCCUAUCCAUGCAUCCUCUUGGCUUUGGUGUCACGGGAUACUGGGGUCGUUCACAUCGUGGAAGCUCUGACGGGUCACUGUGUAAGCCAGAUAGAAUUUGAGCAGACUUCGUCUUUACUAGGGGUAAUCAGUGCCCCGCCAAAUAGUACCGCGCUCUUCCUUUUUGUCACACGCCAACGCGGUAUCUAUGCCGUUGUCGGAGAGGAUCCCUGUCUAUCUACCCUCGACUCUCGUCCUUUCAUCGACCAACUCGCUAGAACCACCUCAUUAGGUAUUGAUUCCAAUCAACUGUUGGAAGCCCUCUCCAGAAUUGCUGCGAUUCUCUGGAUGGGAUUUGAGGAGGAAGCGGAGAACUUGAUCACCUCCCUAUUCGCUAUACCUCGUCGGAGUCAACUCAUAUCCGCCACUGCCAUUGUUAUUCUACGUCUCACACGUCUCAUCCUCAACUGCCGUCCAGCCAGCGGAUCCGACGCUCGUUGGCGUGGAGUGGCUGCGAAUAGUGUCCUCGUCUUCGAUUUCGCUCGCACUGGGGACUCGCGGUUCACAGCGAAACAACAGGCCAUGCAGUGUCUAGGUAGACGUUUCUGGCCCAAAGUGAUAACCGCCUUGGCCUCCAAUGGUAUUGACGCUGGUGGUAGUGGACUAAUCGAUGCCUCGGCAGUGUUGACGGAGAUUUUUUCUCCCCUCCCGGCCGGCGAGGAGGUGAACUUAUUCCACCAACGUCGUCACCACGUGCUCAAUGCUUUCCUAGCUGGCGCGGAGGUCUGUGAAUGUGCGCGUGCACUUCACGCCCGAUGGAGAGGACUGAAACAAAGUUCUCUUCUACGCCCCGUGUUCAAGGGUACUGUGGAAGCGGCGGCGCUGGCAGGUGUGGUUCGUGAAGGUGAUGCCCAUAGCCUUCUCUCUUCGGAGGAUAUUUUCUUCCAAACCGUGACCCUGGUUCCCCAUUUCAUUGCCAAUUUGGCCGAGCACCUUGCUGUGAACGCCAAGAAUUGCCUGACUAACCCUAUGGAACCCAUCGAUUUUGUUGCUCGUGCUGCAAAAUUACUGACAGAUAGUCUCUCCGAGACCCUCGACUACAGACAAAAGCUGAUACCCGCCCUUGAGUCGAUCCUCUCCAAAGGAUCCUUUGCAGGCGACGCUGAAGGCGCCCCUAGCUGCGACCUCUUUUGUUGGAUCACCAGUAGCGAUGCGGUACGCAACCGACUUCUUGCUGCUUUUGACGCUUUGGUCGAGGUGGUUGCCAUCCUGUCCGGAGACGCCGACCGUAUGCUGGCGGAUGGUGGGUCCCUGAAGCAGGAAUGUGCGUGUCGUAGCGUGGAGUUGGCCACCAUCCUCCUCCAAGUAGUCCAACAACUUGUCCAAUGGCCCAGACACUCGGUCGACCUGGAUGCAUGGUUCGUAGAAUUAAGGACGCGGCUUAUCUCCGCUGUGGCCUGGCGCAUAAAUCGUCCUGAAGCUGCUUUGGACCUAGCCAUCCGCUUCCUCGAUAAAGAGUUGAUGGUUAAGAUCUCUGACCACCUCGAUAAACGCACUAACGAUGGAAAACACCAUAUUAGCCUCAUGAACGCACUCUCCCGAUGUCCCUCGGAUAUCCGACUGGCUGAUUACGCCCUCCAGUGGCACUACUUACAUGGCGAGAAGGCGCGUCUUCAGUCGCUGCUUAUGAUGCUGCAGCAGCGGGAGACGGAGGGAGUGAGAGACGCGGCAGAGGUACAACAAAAACGCCUGACCUCGUCGCCUCGAGCCACUCCCGGUGCAUCAUCGGUGAAACGGGCGAGACAAACAGUGGAGACGUGUGUUGGUCGAUUCCUGCAGCGGCAGGAGGCGAAGGAUUUUGCUUGGCUUCAUCAGCUUGGAAAUAGAGGCUAUGGUCAGGCAUCGAAGGGUCUUUUUGCUGCGGGCAUAAGCGAGACUAACUCCCUUGGUCGUCGACGCACCCUGCUUAGUCUCUCCAAACUCUCGUCCAUCGCCGCCGGCCAACGUGGAGCUGUCGAAAACGACAACGAUGACCUCUCAUCACACGGGCUCGUUGACAAGCAUCUGGAGGAGGAGUGGUUACGACUAAAGCCAUCACAUAAAGACGCAGACGCCGCGGUCUGCUCCGCUGCCGAACUCGCCCAGCUCUUUGUUUCGGGGGUGACAUCGCCGUCGCAGGAUUCGGCGAGGGAGGAUCUUCUCGUCGCCUUCUCCGCGGCACUUCGACUGGCUUACUUGGCUAUAGAGUUGGACGAAACGGGGGCGACAGAGGUUGCGUCAAUGGGAAUGCAGCAACAACUACUUUUGCAGGAGAUCUGGGCGCAGGCAGUGAAAGUGGAUUCGUGGAAGAAGCCUGAUGAGGGUGGGGAUUUCAAUGAGGCGUGCGAGCACAGCUUCUUCUAUGCUCUGCUUGAGCAUUGUCUGCUGGCCGGAGUCAUCGAGGCCGUUCUCCCACCAAUUAAUGAUAUUCUUGCGUCGGUUGAAUCAGAACACGAGCCCCGGCUGCGAAUACUCAUCGAAAACGCUUACAACUUGGCUUUGAAACGCCACCGCUUACGAAAACCCGACUCCUCCGCUGUCUUCGUGGAAAUUUAA